AUGGAGUUCUUUGAAGAGUCAAUCCAGUUAUUUAGGGAGAUGGUAAAGAGGUUUAGACCAGAUUUGUUGACUAUCACAUCUGUUCUUCGCGCUUGUGUUCUUUCAAGGGACUUGGAAUUUUGGAAAUUUGUUCAUGAUUAUAUACUAAGAAGUGGUAUUGAAUUUGAUGUAACAGCAAGUAAUAUAGUUAUUAAUACAUAUGCAAAAUGUGGCGAUUUACUAGCCUCGAGAAAAGCAUUUGACAGAAUGAAAUGUACGGAUUCUGUGUCAUGGAAUACGUUGAUUAAUGGUUAUAUUCAGAGCAGAAGCUAUGGUGAAGGAGUGAAACUCUUCAAAAAAAUGAAGAUGGACUUGAAACCAGAUUCUAUAACCUUUAUGACAUUGUUAUCCAUCUCUACUCGAUUAGCAGACACUGAACUAAGAAAAGAAAUCCAUUGUGACUUGGCUAAAUUAGGAUUUGAUUCAGAUUUGGUUGUCAGUAGUGCUUUAGUUGAUAUGUAUUCUAAAUGUGGAAACAUAAAAGACUCCCUUAAAGUUUUUGAGAACAUGAAAUUUCGUAACAUAGUAACAUGGAAUACCAUUAUUGCAGCAUGUGUCCAAGCUGAAGAUUGUACUUUAGCAUUUAGAAUGAUUAGCCAAAUGAGAAAUGAGGAACUGAUUCCAGAUAUGGGAACCUUGUUAGGUAUAUUGCCCAUUUGCUCCUUAAUUGCUGCCAAAAGGCAAGGGAAAGAGGUUCAUGCUUGCACUUUCAAGUUUGGAUUUGAGUCGACUGUUCUAGUAGGGAAUGCUUUAAUUGAAAUGUACUCCAACUGCGGCAAUUUAAAGUACUGUAUCAGAGUAUUUAAGGAUAUGAAAACAAAAGAUGUGGUGACAUGGACUGCAUUGGUCUCUGCAUAUGGGAUCCAUUCAGGUUUAGUAGAAGAAGGUCCGGCUUGCUUUGACCAUAUGAAGGUUUACGACGAGCCAAGGAUUGAACACUAUGCUUGUCUAGUUGAUCUUCUCUCCCGAUCCGGACAGUUAUCUAAAGCGGAAGAGUUUAUCGAUUCAAUGCCAUUGAAGCCGGAUGCUAGUAUAUGGGGAUCAUUACUUAGUGCUUGUCGAGCAAGUGGAAACCUAAAGAUUGCGAACGGAUGGGAUGAGGUCGGAAAGAUAUGGAAAUGCUUAAGAGACAGGGGGAUCAAGAAAGAUCCUGGAUGCGGUUGGAUUGAAAUUAAAAAUAUCGUGCAUGCUUUUGGAAAUUUGGAGAUAGAUUCUUUAUACAGUAUGAAGAGGGUUUAUGCCCAUCGACUCGCUCUCGUCAUUAUCCCAAUUUCUAGAGUUUGCGAGGCAGCUGCCUCCAAAUCGUUUUUCUCCCUUCUCCCUUCUUCCUCCGCCUCCACCUCUGUUGGUUGCAUGAGACCCUCGUUCACCCCGACUGUGAAGCGGCUGCAGUUGAGGGUGGAGAUGCCAGCAUCUGUCAUGGGUGUGGCCCUACUUUUGGCAGUGGUUGCACCUGUUGUCGAGGUUGGAGGUGUUCAUUGUGAUGCGUCUAGUCUCUUCCUGUUGGAAGAUGGCUAUGACGGCGUCGAUCUUUGGAAAGGUGUUGGACAAAAGAAUUUACGAACGCAACGCUUCGUAACUGGAAUCCAGACCCCUAGGCUUUUCAUUUUUCUCCAAAUUGCUUGUGAGGAUUCGAGUGACAUGCACAGUCUGGAGAUCUAUGGUUCCAUGUCUGUUUUUGGUUCCUGUGAUGAACCCUAA